AUAGCAACCAUUGCUCACCUACUAUCCAUUCCAAAUAUUAUAUUGAUGGGAGAUUUGAAUGCUCACUAUUCGCUUUGGUAUUCGAACAUAGAAAAUCAGCGAGGUGAAGCACUGGCAGAUGAGAUCGACAUCUCAGACUGCGGAACGUUAAAUCAAGAUACUCCGACUCGUCUACCUAACAACGGUCAACCGACCUCACCG